UGGAGCCACAGAACCUUAAUGGAGGAGGAGAUCAAACCUUAUCCGCAUCAUCCACCUCCUUGCCCUUAUCCGAUAGCCAUUAGAGCUCUAUUUCACCUGGGCAUGUGCUGGCGAUCUUAUCCACACCGUUUCCUUACACCCUAAGCUAAGCCCCCAACAAAAAUCCCCAUUCCUCUUAGCUUUCUUCCCGAAUACAUUUCGUCGAACACCUUGUGUGCGUAAUCUCACCGCUACCAAAGACCAUAUUGCGGGACUCCCCGUCCGGAGCUGGAGGUUGGAGGGAGCGGAGGGGGUGUCGUGCUGCCGCCGUUGCCAUUGGGGAAGCCGAGGACCGCUGGACACCGGGAACCACGCGUCGAACACUUUCGGGCGUCACCAACAGCUAGCCGCCUCUGCUUCGUCCGCACCGCACCACGCUUCGCCGCCCUUCGCCGUCUCUCCAUCCCGGGAAUUUGUAUAUCGGUUAGUCGUGAGGCAACGUAUCCAGCUUCCAGGAAGGUGAAGGUUGAUCAAGAUUAUAUCAAGAAUAGAAACUAUUUUGAGCAGAGCUCGUCGUUCACCAACACGAAGCCGGAGCUCAGCUGGUGCUCGAUCCAAGGCCAAGGAUUACCAGCUCUGAGCAGAUCAAAUUAAUGGACAAUGCCAAGGAGGAGAUGCGCCGUGCCGCCGCCACCGCCGACUCGCCGGACGCCGGCGAACCCCACGCCAUAGCCGUCCACCUGCAGGGGUGGUGCAGGGCGUGCCUGCACCUCGCCGCGCUCGCCUUCCUCGCCUGCGCCUUCGUCCAGACGGCCGGCAGGGCGCGCCACGAUCCAUGGGACCUCGCCUUCGUCGUCGCCGCCUACGCCAGCCUCGCGGCGCUCUUCGUCGUCCUCCGCCGCGCCGAGCGCCUCACGCCGGAGUCGCCCGCCGACGAUCGCCGGUGUCUGCAGCGAGCGGCAUGGGCGCUGUCCACUGUGCUCAGCUGCUUGUUUGCUUACAGGGUUGCCCGGAUCAUGCCGGCCGCCAUGGCCGUCGCCGUCUGGGCCAUGACCGCCACCGUCGUCGCCGGUGGCCUCUACUUCUUGGUUCUCAACGACGGUGACCGUGGAUCGGAGGAGGAUUGCCAUGUCGCCGACGAUGGCAAACUCGUCUUUCAGAAGAUUCCUAGAGAGGAAAUGGUGUAGGAAGAACCAUACAUGGCAUUAUACGCUCCUAAAUGGAGUAUUUUUUUAUUUCUAUGUUACUUUUGUGAGAGUAACUAAACAUUUCAUAGCCAACUUCAAUUCUAUUGAGUGUAAAUUUUGUGAAGAUCUUUAUGCUUCAUUUUCCCUGUUA